CCAAGAAAACAACCACCUUAAAACCACACACACAGAGGUGUGAGAUGGGGGUUGAACAUGAUGGGAUAUUAGAUGAUGAGGAGGAACUUUUGUUAAUUUUUCAGGCGUGAUGUGUAGUGUGGUUUUUCUCUUCAGAGAGACUUUUCUGAAAUGCUUCUGGGUGAAAAGCAACUAGCUGGGGGUGGGGUGUGUGCUGUGGAGAGUGAAGCUGUGAAUGCGACCUCCCCUAUAGGAAGGGGUGGGUGAGGUGGGAGGUGCUGGGGGCCCAGGCAGCACCCAAGGCUGAGUUCCCCAGCGCCAUGGAGGCCUCCUUAUCUCUGCUGCUGCUGCUGGCCCCGGGGGUCCUUUGGGCAGAAAGUGUCGCAUUUAAGACCCACAUCAUCGGUGGUCAUGAGGCUGCCCCCCACUCCCGGCCAUACAUGGUCUCGCUGCAGAAAGCCGGCACCCACUUCUGUGGGGGAGUCCUCGUACACCCGCGGUGGGUGUUGACAGCUGCCCACUGCGUGGUUCAGCCGACCCAACAGCUGAGGCUGGUGCUGGGGCUCCACAAGCUCAGAGACUCUGGCCUCACCUUCCGAGUCAAGGCAGCAGUCCUGCACCCCAAGUACAAGCCGGCCCCCAAACUGGACAACGACCUCGCGCUGCUUCAGCUGGACGCUAAGGUGCGUCCCAGCAGGACUGUUCGGCCCCUGGCCUUGCCCCGAGGGCGCCAGGCAGUGGCAACAGGAGCAAGGUGCAGUGUGGCAGGCUGGGGGCUGACCCAACAGAGCGGGCAGCUGGCGGGAGCGCUGCAGGAGCUGGACAUGCAUGUGCUGGACGCCAGGAUGUGCAACAACAGCCGCUUCUGGAAAGGCAGCAUCACCCACAACCUGAUCUGCCUGGAAGCCAAACCCAAGGAUCAGGCCCCCUGCAAGGGGGACUCAGGCGGGCCCCUGGUGUGCAGCAAAGGCCGGGUGGCUGGAAUCCUGUCCUUCAGCUCCAGAGCCUGCACUGACAUCUUCAAGCCCCCCGUGGCCACCGCCGUGGCCCCCUACAUGUCCUGGAUCAGGAAGAUCAUCGGCCGCUGGUCGGGCCCCCCACAGGCCUGAUGCUCCACGGGUGACCCUGGCUCCUUCCUUUCCAGGACCCUCCCUUGCAGGAUUAUGGGGAGGGGCAGAGAGGGGACCGGACACAGCUCAGAGAACCAAUAAAUUGU